AUGUUAAAAUAUCAAAAUAUAUCACCACUCCUAAUAUAUCGAAGUCGACCGAAUAAUCUACCUAUAAUAAAGACUUCUUGUUCAUCAUCUGCAUUUCUAUCAGUUUAUAGAUUAAUAUUUUAUCAACAAAAACGACUAUCAACAUCUAAAUCAUUUUUUGAACAAACAGAUCAGCCUUCUACUACUACUACUACUACAAAGACCAUCCCAAUAAAUGAAUAUUCUAUCCCACAUAAGAUUUCCAAAUAUUUAAGUGAUUUAUUAAUAGCACAAAAUGAAAGAUUUCUUGAUGAACCAAUUCAAAAUCUUAUUGAACAAAUACCAAAUUUAUCCAAUGAAUUAAAACGAUCAAUUGAUUUUGAGAAUAAAUUAUUUACAAUAUUAUCAUAUGAUCCAAUAUUAAUUGAUCCAAGAAUAUAUUUACAUUAUUAUGAUGGUAUAGCAUCAUUAUCAUUUUCCUCAUCUUCAAUAUCUUCAGAGACGUCUUUGAAGAAAUUAUACAUUGAACGAUUAUUAUAUCAUAGGAAAUUUCAUUUAUGUUGGCAAUUAUUUUUGGAUUCUUGUAACAAUAACAAUAAUAAUAAUAACACUUUGAAUGAAUUAGAUGAAUUUUUAGAAACAAUUCACAAUUAUUUAAUAAACAAAUCUGGGAGUUAUAAAUUUAAUUUAUUGGAUUUGAUAAUAAAUUUGCCUCAAAAUAUUAAUGAAAAUAAUAUGCUUCAACAAAUCAUUGAUUCAAUUGAAUAUAUUUGUAAACCUGAUUUUAAUAUUGAACAAAUGUUACAAAUUUCUAUGGAUAUCAAUCAAAUUUAUAAUUUAAAUGAAUUAGAGAAAUAUUAUUCUAAUUGUCAACAGGAUCAAAAUCAAGAUACAUUUGCACUUGACGUAUUAUAUCUUAAACGAGUAAUGAAAUUAAUUUUACAACAACAAGAAACAUCAAAGGGUAAGAAAGGCAUUAUUCAAAACUAUUUAUUGCAAUUCCCACACAUUACUUCCCAACCUGGGUGGCUAAGUCUGAUAUUCCCAUCUUUUAGUUCAUCAACAAAUUUCGUCCCAAAGAACAGCAACCAAGACAUUAUUAAACCUCCAAGGGAUAUUAUUCCAUUUAUAGAGGCAAGCAAAUUUAUUAUCCAUGACAAGGAAACGAAAUUAAAUGAAUUGGACAUCUUGUAUAUAUUACGGGAAAACUUGGUCAAACCAUAUACUAUUUAUCUGGCAUAUAAUCAAUCAACAAUAGUUCCAAUUACUCAACAAAACCAGAAGAAGAAGAGGACUAAAAAUAAAAUAAUAAUUAAUGAAUUAACUCGGAACUUGUUGAACGACCCUCCACGAUUACAAAUCAUUUAUAAAGAAAAUAUGAAUCUAUUAAAUGAAUCAUUAAUCAUGGAAUGUUUAAAUAUUUUGAUUCCUUUUCUGGAAAAUAUUAAAGAUUGUAAUGAAGUAUUUAAUAAAUUUGAUGAAAAAAUCCGAUUAAACAUUAUUCAAUCAAUUGAUAUUGUUAAUAAAUUAAAUUGUUGGCAAAUUGAAAAUUUGAUUUUAAAAUAUAAUUAUCAUGAACAUAAAUUCACUCGAGUUUUAAUCAAUCGAUAUUUGUAUUUAUACCGAUCUGAAACAAUGGAAUUGGACCAAUUAAUUAAAUUGGCUAAAUCAAAACAAAUCAAAUCUAGGAACGCAUUACUUGAAAUCAAUCGUGCAUCGUUACUACGUGGUAGUGAUGAUAUAGAUCCUACAUUGGUCUGUAUUAUUUUUGAUCGAUUGAUACAAUUAACUGUCCCCAAACAAUCUGGUGGUAGCAGCAAUGAUAAUCAUGAAGUUAUGACCACCACCGCCACUAAUAAUAAUAGUCAAUUUGCAUUACAAUUUAAAUGGAAUUUAACAAGAAAGGAAAAGAAUAAAUUCCAUCAAACUAUAAGAUCUUUUGCUCAAACAUUAUCAUUAUUGACUCCAGAUAAAUUGUUGAAAAUAUUAAUUAUAUUAGGCAAAUUUAUGAAAGAUAAUCAACAAUUUUAUUAUCAUAAUGAUACAGAGGGUAAAAAUUAUUUGAUCAAAUGCUUAACCAAUGAUAUUUUCCAAUUUAUCAAUAGAAACAAUAAAGGAAGAAAAAGUGUUGAUUAUAUAAAUUCAUUAUUGGAUCAAAUCAAUCAAGAUUCAUUACAUGUUGGUGAACCUAAAAUACUCUAUUGGAUUGAAUAUUGGUGGUUCAAAUCAAUUGUGUUGAAUGAUUAUCAAAAAUCAUUUGAAUUAUUAUCUAAUCCGUCAACAACCACAACAACAACAACUAUGGAAAUGCAAAAGAGAAAUACUCGAAAUAAUUUGAUAAAAUUCAUUCCAGCAAUUAUAUCAGGGAUAAUUGAUAAUAAACAAUUCAAUUCAAUUGAAGAUAAAUUUGAAUUUUUAAUUAAAUUCUUAAUGGAUUUGAAAUUAAAUAAUUUUAAUAAUAAACUUACAAUGAAUGCCAGUGUUAAAUUAAUUAAUCAAAUUAUUAAAUCUAACAAAGGAAAUAACAUCAAGAAUACACCUGACAGUAAUAAUAAUAAUAAUAAUAAUAAUAAUAAUAAUAACACUAGUAUAAAUUCACUAAAUACCACAACUAAUAUCAACACUAAAAGUCAAUUAUUAAAUUUGAUUCAAUCAAAUCCUAAAAUGAAACAAGCAAUUAAAUUAAUUGUUCAUCAUCAUAAAAAUAAAUCCCAUUCAUAG